GGGUAGUAACAAAGAUAUGAACGUAAAAAUUUUUCUGCUACAACCAUCCGAAUACGUCUUUUUAUACUUUCUCACCAAUAUCCUUUUGUAUCUAGGUCUGUUCAGGUAAAUCAUAGUUUGUCCUUCACUUCCUUUCGAUUUUUCAAAUGUGCAUAAUGAUGUCAUUUCUAGGUCCUUGUCAUAACUUAUACCUGGAUCCUUCUAAUAAUCCAACACGCUAUCUAAUAUCCAAUAUUGUUCUCUAAAUCCUUAGAUAAUGCCAUGGGACUUAGACAUCAUCUAUGCAUUACGUCACCUAACGUAUUCACUGGUAUUUACGUCAACGUUUCCUGCGGAACCAACAAAAUUUAGUAAUAGAUGAAGAUGAACGUAGCGGCACUAUCGAUAAGGAAUUUCGAUAUACUGGGAGAAUUAUCAAAACAUCAUCUACUAUUACUUGACUCCACUAUCGAUGAUCACAAAAAUUUUGCAGAUGAUCCUAUUCCUAUGUUUGCUGAGCCAAUACCGAACGUGACUGUUAGUAUUGGUCGAGAUGCGUUAUUGGCGUGCAUAGUGGAUAAUCUGAAGCGUUAUCAGGUGGCGUGGGUUCGAGUUGAUACACAGACGAUACUCUCAAUUCAUGAUAACGUUAUCACUCAAAAUCCGCGAAUAUCAUUAUCAUACAAUGAUCAUCGGUCGUGGUAUCUUCAUAUAAAAAAUGUACAGGAAAUUGAUCGUGGAUGGUAUAUGUGUCAAAUUAAUACUGACCCGAUGAGAAGUCUUCAAGGUUAUCUUCAAGUUGUAGUACCACCUAAAAUCGUUGCAAAAGAAACGAGUACUGAUAUGGUUGUGAGAGAAGCUUCAAAUGUGACGCUAGUGUGCAAAGCAGUUGGAUAUCCAGAACCCUACGUGAUGUGGCGCCGAGAAGACGGCAGAAAUAUAAAUUAUAAUGGCGAAAGUGUGAGUGUCGUAAACGGUGAGAUCCUCCAUAUUGUAAAAAUCAGUCGAUUACAUAUGGGCGCUUAUUUAUGUGUGGCAAGUAAUGAAGUGCCACCUUCAGUGAGUGCACGCGUGGAUGUUCGAGUGCAAUUUCCGCCAAUGUUGUCAAUACCCAAUCAACUGGAAGGAGCUUAUAUUGGCCAGGAUGUCAUUUUAGAAUGUCAUACAGAAGCUUAUCCUACUUCGAUAAAUUAUUGGACGACAGAGACCGGUGACAUGAUCGUUUCAGGCUAUUACCAUUCGAUUGCAGGUGAAAAAUAUGAAGCGCUUUACACCGACAGCGGUUACAAUAAGUAUAUGAUGCUAAAAAUCCGUAACGUUGGACCCAAUGAUUUCGGAUCGUAUAAAUGCGUGGCGCAAAAUUCACUUGGAGGAACGGACGGAGUUAUAAAAUUAGAUGAAAUUCCUGCGCCUUCAACUACAACAACACAAGCAACGUACUACGUCACAUCUUUAAUUAAAAAAAAUGCAAAAAAUGGAAAUAAAAAAUACAGACAACGACCCAACGAUUAUGAAGUAGAGGAAUGGCGGGAUACCGAUUAUGAACGAGACUACGACUCGACGAAAAAGUCAAAACUCGAUACUGAAGGCAGCGGAUCUAUAAGGUUUUCGGGCCCAUUAAUCACGUGGCUUCUAUCAUCUUCACUACUAGUCACUGCAGGAAGAUGAUAGUUUACUAAUGAAUGGGGCUUCCAGUCGAUGUUUUCUCCAUAACAAACACCAAUUGUUUGAAUCUGGCCGACGGCCAUUUAAUACAAAACAUUUGUGAACUAAAAUUAUUUUCAUACUGAAAGCAACCAACCGAAGGUGAAUUCACAUAACAAGCAUGUUUGUAUGUAAUUUAAUGUAUUAAAACAAUAAAUAAUAGAUAGAGAGAUAAAAUAGAUUAAAGCGAAAAUGAAAAAUAUUUGUAAAUGUAUGGAUAAAUUAUAUGUACCUAUAUAAUACAAGUUAAAAAAAAUUUAGUAGAAAAUUUUAUAAGUGAUACAGCUUUUUAUUGCAA